AAGACCAGGGGCGUAUUUUGCUUAAAAUCCUUAUUAAUCAACAACAAAAUGUCAUCAUGGUCAUCGUUUGUAAUCAAAAUGCAAAUAUUCAGUAUUUCUUUUGCGAGAAUAAUUAGUGUAUUGGCGUCAUCUCAAAUUAUUUCAUUUGUAGAUUUAUAAUCGUUACAUUUGAAAAUGGAAGACGUUAGGCUAUUGAUACAAGAAGAAGGAAGAGCAGCUAGAAAUUUAAUAGCUUUUAACGUGCCAGUUGGUACAAGUAACUCGGAGAAAAUUACUCGUAAACCUCCAAGUGUUCCCAGAGCAACGUUAUCAAGUUCUACGAAGCGAUCAGUGAAAUCUAACACACGAGUAAGAUCUGCUUCUACUGGACGUGAUAAAAAAUCUGAACUACAUGCACGAUAUUGGGCAUUUUUAUUUGGCAAUUUACAACGAGCCAUUGAUGGAAUUUAUCAAACCUGCGAAGAAGAUGAAAAUAUAUCUGAAUGUAAAGAAGUAAUUCUAGUUUUAGAAAAUUAUGUGCGGGAUUUUCAUAAUUUGAUUGAAUGGUUUAAAGUAAAAUGGGCUUAUGAAAGUACAGUGCCACCAUUGAGACGCACUCCAUUAGCAUGGGAAAUUAGAAAAACUUCACCAUGUCGUUUAUGGAAUUCAACACCAAAGUCAACAAGUCCCCUCCAAAGAUCAAGCCCUACAGGUUCUGCUUGUAAAAGUCCAAUUGAAACUUCAUUUGACAGUAGAUCUGUCUCAAGUGAUGGUAAAAUUAAUUCCAUACAAGAGGAACCUGAUAAAAUUUCUCACAAUGAAUUUAGCGAUAAAAUGAAAAAUCCAAACGAAACACAAAAAGUUGUUGUCAAAAAAAAUGUCGAAUUAAUAAACAACGAUAAAUUUCAAUUAAAAUUAAAAAAACCAACUCCUAUUACAGGAAACGAGAGUAUUGACAAUUUUAAUCAUCAAAAUGAAAAUGAUAAUAAAAAUGUCACUGAAAUAAAAAAUCUUUCAAAGCAAUCAAUAAAUUGUAAUCAAAGUGUUGGUACAUUAAAAACAAACACCGAAUCUAGUGCCGUUAAUAAGAGCCUAAUAAAUGAGAAAGGAAAUUCAAGUAAUAAGAGAAACGUAGAAUUAAUGAAGAAUGAAAUUAAUACAAUUAAUCACUCAUACACGGAAUAUUGUAAUGAAAAUGAAAAUAGAAAUAUUUCACGUAAUCAAACUGAAAGUGAAAAGAGAAAUUUAGAAAAGACUUUAUCUAGAGAAAAUUCACAUUUAGUUUCGAAAAGAAAUUUCAAACCAAUUGUGAAAAAGCAAUCAACUUUUCAGACUCGAGAAACUGUUAAAAGUAAAGUUAUCAAUCAAACUAGUGGUACUACUACUACUACUUCUAGUGCAACUGUAAAUAAAACUCGACUCAAAGUAAAUCCUGUAAUGCAACCAGCUUAUUCAACUGUAUCGAAAGGUAGACCGUCAACAGCAAAACCUUCAAGAAAUUUUCCCGAAAGACCGAGAAUGUUUCGAAGUAAAACAACUUUGUGUGCCAGGGAAACAAGUGCUGCUCCAUUAAGACAGGGAACAUCUAUUAUGAUUAGAAGACCACUACAGUCACAGCCUAACAAUCAGAAACAUGAUCAGCAUUCCAAUAAGGGAGGCGAGGACAUAAGUACUUCUGUUGAGGUUCUACCAAAAGAAAAUACAAAAGUGAAAGAAGACGGUGAUGGAUGGCAAACAGUGCGAAGUCGUUACAGAAGAGGAAGUUCAAAUAAUCUCAAUAUGUCAACUCGUUUUCAUAAACCAAGCACUGCUAUUUCGUUGCCAGCUCUUUGUUUAGAUAAUUCACCGGAGAAAAAUAAAAAAUCUUUCACACCCGAUGGAAAUCAAAAACAACGAAAAAGUAAAAUUAUCGGUACGAAGAAUAAUGAGAAAAAAGAAUUAAAUCUUAAAAUUUCAAAUGACAAUGUAAACGUAAAUGUGAAAAUAUUUGAUGAAAAAUUGGACCAAAGAGAUAUACCGAAUAUCACCGAUACAAAUUCAACAUCUGUAAUAGCAGCUAUUUUUAAAAAUGAAGCCGAACUUUUGGAGAAACGAAUACAACAAUUUAUGGCAGCGCAAGCAGAAAGGGAAAGAAUUAUUUUAGAAGAGGAGAGAAAAACAGAAGAAGCAGAUACUCAACGAUCACAACAACUUUGCGAUGAGGAAGCAUUUUUACAGAGACAAAUCAUGGAAUUGGAAUCUACCGAUAUUGAUGUCGAUACAGAAACUGACGAUAUGGAUGGCGAAAUGGUUUUAGAAAUAGAAGAAGACAUUUCAAUUGGUCCAAUAAUUGAUAAUAUUAGCAUAGAAGAUAGAUAUGAAAAUAUGCUGGAAGGAAUGUCAUGGGCCGAGCAAAUGGAUACUUUAGCUCAAUUACAAGCAUUAGAUGCUCGUCAUCCUGGUCGAGCUUUGGAGCUUCAUCAAAAACUCUCAUCACCAUCACGAAAGAGAUCUUUAGCAGAAACUUUACGACGUUUUCAAACAAAACAAGAUUGUGCUCAGCAUAAACGUCAAAAACUUUUGAUGGAAAAAUCACAGAGAUUAAGAGAACUCUUGAAUAAAGUUGAGGAUGUAAAAAGUGCAAAAACUCAAUUAAUUGAAGACAAAAGAAUUCGAUUGGAAAUGAAAUUAAAAAGAGCUGAGGAGAAUAGAACUCAACAUCUUUUAGAGGUUGUAAGAAAAGCUCACGAUGAAGAUUCGAAAUUAAAGGAAAUUGCCUUUAUUAAUGAACUUGAGGCACAAAAUAAGCGUCACGAUUUUAUGGCAUUGUGUCAGGAACAAGAGGAACGUUUGCAGAGUAUCCAAGAAGAACGUCAACGUCGACAGGAGGAAAAAGCAGCAAAAGAAGCUGCUGCAGAGGAGCGUAGACGUGCACUUGAAGCGGAGAGACAAUUGCGAAUACAAAAAAUGCGUGAGGCUCGACGUGAACGUGAAGAGCGAGUAGGAAAAAUGCAAUUAGAGAGGGAAAAAGAACGUCAGGAACUUGCUAGAGAAAAAGCGAGAGACAGGGAAGAACGUUUGUCGGCUCUACACGCUGCUCAACUGGCAAAUCAAGAAGAAUUACAAAAGAAAAUUGCUCAAAAACAACAGGAAUCGGCUAGAAGACAUGUUGAAAAUAUUGAACACAUACGACAAAAAGCAGUGGAAUUGUCAAUUUUGAGAUCAGAAGAAGUGCCUCCAACUUUAAAAUCAUAUCCUGCUCAAAAACAAUGUUCUCUUUGUGGAACAUUGAUUCCAAAUGAAGUUCACCUUCUAAGUCAUUUAAAGGAGAAAUCUCAUUUGGAAGCGGUACGAAAAAUGCACGAUGGUCGAGAGCCUUGUCGAGAUGAAUUACAACGUUUUAAUAUAACACAAAUACGCGAUAUACAAACGCCAUUAAAAAAUAAUAAUAGUACAAAUGAAAGUAAGGCGGCUAAAGAAAAACAAAAGGCAUUAAAACGUCGAAGUAGAAAAAUCAAACAACGUAUGGCUGUUCGUGGACAAGAAUGGGAAGAAUCUUUCAAAAAGGAGAAUACCUCCUUUUCUUCAGAAUCGGGAAAUAAAAUUAAAUUUAAACGAAAUUUAAAAGAUUUAGAAAAACUUUGUCAAAAUCAUGCAAAAAGUUCAUGGAGCACUAGUGUUAUUGCCAGUUUGGAAAGAAAUUUAGGAGAACUUAAUCGUUCCUUAUCAAAAAUUUGUUCUUCAGAUCAAAAGGCAUUUCUUCAAUUAGGCGGAUUCGAUAUUCUUACAAGUCUGUUAACAUUGGGUUUAAACACUCAAAAUCCACCAAAUGCAUUGCCCAACAAGAGUCUUGUUUCGAUAUUACGCGUUUAUAAAAUUGGAAUAAUUGACAAUAUUAAUAAUAUUGAAGCCAUUCUAUUUAGCAACAAAAUACUUGUUAUACUGGAUCUAAUUAUUCAUCGACUGGAGGCGGUGACCGCUCUUGACGAUCACUCUCAAGCUCAGGAAGCUUCUAACAACACAAGCGGAAACGGAUCUGUAGCAACUGGGGCCAUACAGUUGCUCUGCAGCCUCAUUUCUGAAGUGCCUUUCGAAAAACCUACCCUCCAUGCUCGCCUACAGGACAUCGUUGGGUAUCUGGUGAUGGGUGGUCUUGUGGAUCGCGUGUCACGUCACAGUCGAGCAUUGAUUGAGACUGACUUUUUUUUGGAUCAAGAACGAGAUUCAACUCUUCUUUUAGCUUCCUAUGACCUCAUGUCACGUAUUUGUUGUCAUUUAAAACGAGUUUUUAAACAGGAUGAAAUCACUCAUUCAGGAGAGAAUAAUAGUUCCGAACAAUCAGCCGCAGAAAAUCAUCUUAUAAGUUGCCUUGUCUCAACAGAAGCUGCCGGUGUUAUUGGUUCACUUUAUGCAGCAAUUGCUCUUACAUCACAAAAUCAGAAAGGCUCAUCUCCAACUCCAAAUCAAAUUGGUCCAUUGCCUCCAACAAAAGCCCUCGCCAGUCAAGGACUCAAACUUCUUAGAUCAAUUGCCGAAUUGGAUUUAACAAAAUUGCAGAAUCUUCUAGGCACUGAAGGUACAAAUUUGCAAUGGCGAAUAAUAGCCAGUCAUCUUAUAAUGCGACUUUCACGCGAAUCCCUGCCAGACAAAUCAGAACUUAGUGCUACCACAAGUAUUAACAGCAGUAACACGCACAUUCUCAACGAGCUCUUCGUUGUUCUUGGAUAUUUUGCUGUCAAUAAUCCAGAAAAUCAGUUAAUUUUGCAAUCAGCUGGCGCUGGUCCAAGUGUUCUCCAACAAUUAUGUACAUUACCAUUUCCAUUUUAUGGAGAUCCACGACUUGCUCAGUCGACACUUCCGACACUUUUAGCGGCCACACAUUGCAAUUCUGAAGCCAAGUCAAUUUUAUCUUGUGAGCUUUCUUAUCAGCUACUUGAAGAGUACAGAAACUCUGAGGAAGGUAAACUAAAUUCUCUGGUACGCUUGCUAAAAGAGGCACCCUAGUCUAGAACAAGCGAAUCGUUUCCAGUUUUAAAAGAUUUAAUUAGUUGCUUAAUUUUCGUCAGAGGUAAGUUAAGAAUUUUGAACCGAUUAUAGUAUUAAAUAAUCAUUUAAGAAAAAAAUGUUAUAAAUACAAAUUAUUUUUUACGAAUUAAAAUUUUCGAAAAUUUACAUUUGAGAUUUAUAAAAAGUAAUUUUUCUUUAAUAUAUAUAUAUUUUUUUUUUUCUUUCAUUUAUUCGAGUUUAAUUGAACAUUAUAUUUAUAUAGAAGUAAUUAAACUUGCAAGAUUAUAAUUUAAUUUAAUUUAAUUUAUUCAUUUAAUCAAGUCUCAGCAAACUCAGGGCCGGUACCUCGAGAUAAAUUUAGUUUUAUAAUUAACAGUUUUAAAAGUAAAGAGCAAAAGUAAUUUUGUUUAUCUUUAUUGAUUCAUUUAAUAAUUAAUUAUUUAUUAUAUAUAGAAGAUAUAAUUUUUCUUUAUUGAAAAUUUCUAUUAACAAAAGAAAAAUUGCAAAAAAAGAGUUUUUUUUAAAAAAUGUUUUUCUUUCACAUGGAAAAAAUUAUAAUUCAGUAUAUUUUACAAAAUACGGAGUAGCGGAUACAGCUCUUUACGAAACUGAGUUUUGUAAAAUGUGAUGAAUAUUUUCGGAUAAACUACAGAAAUUUCGUUGUUUAUACUGAAUAUUUCUGGAGUUAAUCCUGAAUAUUUCGUGAUAUUUUACAACACUCAGUUUUGUAAAGAGCUAUACUGUAUCCGCUACUUGGUGAUAGUUCUAUAAAAUCUGAAUUAAUUUUUUCCGUGCAAUUGUUACUUUUUGUUACUUUACUUUUAUUAGUAAACCAGUAAUUAAUAAUUACUUUUUUUUGUAUUAUUGUUAUUAAAUUACUUUAUUGGAAAUGAAAUAAAAACAUAUGUUUUAAAUUA